AUGGUUGUUUUUGUAGGAAAUCAUAUGGGAGAUUGGCGUCACGGUGACAAUCGACGACGGAUGCUUGGAAACCUGAUAAGACCAAAUUCUGGUUUUGGUGAAGCAUCCACAUCUAUUUGGGCCAACCAAAAUAACCCAAUCGGAUUUAAUGCAGCCAGAGGAGGGAGAGUUAACGGAAUGAGUGCUGAAAAUCUGAACUUGAACUGUUGUGGUGUUGGUGGUGAAAAUUAUUGUGGUGGCUGCUACCAAAAUUCCAGGUCUCCUGGUGUUUUGUGGAUUCCUGAUGGCAUAAAUAAUUAUCAAGAUUACUUGAACUGGUUACAGAAUACGUUGAGUUCAAGGGACCAAGUGACUAUAAAUAUGGUAGUUGAAGGAGUUAUUGAUACGAUAUUAUUGCUGAUGACUGAUAGACAUGGCCAUCAAUUCUUCAAUAAGCUAAUGGAGUCAGUCAACGAGUAUCAGUUGCAGCUGAUUGUAGCCAAGAUAACCUCGCAACCUGAAUUGCUUAUCCAUGUGUCACUUACUACCUAUGGCUCAAAAUCUGUUAAGAAGCUCCUCAAAAAGCUUGGAAAAAUGCCCUUGACUUCUGAGGUGAUAUCAGCUCUAUCUAGUGGAUUCUAUAAUUUGAUGAUAGAUCUAACAGGAUCUUCAGUUAUAUUAAGGUGUUUGGAUUUGGCUGAUACUUGGCAAAAUGAGCAUGUCUUAGGACUCCAUGAUCCUGUCUGUACUGAGAGUAUAUGCUUUCUUUUGAGGGGCAGCUAUGUACUUCUAUCUUCACAGAAAGGUGGUAGCCAUGUGGUAGAGAAAUGCUUAAACUCUCCUUGGAUGGAUUACGCGAUUCUGGAUUUUUUAAAGUGGAACAGACUCUCGCAACUUGCUCGUGAUCGAUAUGGGAACUAUGUAAUCCAAACAGCAUUGAAAGCCACAAAGCGUGCAAAUAGUCCACUUUAUGAAAGGCUUCUACACAUAUUGCAAGGGCAUUUUGAUGCUCUCCAAUCUGGAUAUGGAAGGAAUGUCAUCAAUUUGAUUCUCAAGGGGGUUCCACUUGACUGA